UACACCUGCAAAUGCAUUUAACAUAUCUCAAGUGCAUCAAUACCAUGCAAACAAUUUGUCGUAUAAAGUGUUCAGAGUGCAGGAUCUGGUGUCAUUUGAGUGCUUUCUUUAUAUUCUAAGAUAAAAAACCAAAUAUUUAUUUGGUGUCUACUGGUUCAUGUGUUUGGUGGGGCCAUGGCAGCAGUGUUGACAGUAAUGUUGAUAUGUGUUGCAGUCACAGUGUAUACACAAUCUGCAGAAUGUGCAGUGGAACUUCCAAGAAUGCUCGGUCAAAUGAAGAAAAUGUCACUAAGAGCUCAAAAUGACGCAUUCAAAUUUUCCAUUCAUCAAUCAUAUAGCUUCAAUCCAACUCGUGUAACUCAGUUGUCUUGGAGACCCAGGGCUUUUCUCUAUAAGAACUUCCUCAGGGAUGAAGAAUGUGCCCAUCUAAUUGAAUUGGCAAGAGACAAGUUAGAGAAAUCUAUGGUGGCAGAUAAUGAAUCAGGGAAGAGUAUCACGAGUGAAAUUCGAACAAGCUCAGGAAUGUUCUUAAAUAAAUCUCAGGAUGAAAUUGUUGCAAGGAUUGAAGACAGAAUAGCAGCCUGGACCUUUCUUCCAAAAGAAAAUGGCGAAGGUAUACAGAUUUUACAUUAUGAAAAUGGCCAGAAAUAUGAACCUCAUGUUGAUUUUUUCCAUGAUAAGUUUAACAAAGAGGCGGGUGGUCAUAGAACUGCUACAGUGUUGAUGUAUUUAUCAGAUGUAAUCAAGGGGGGUGAGACUGUCUUUCCUUAUUCAGAGGAAGGUGAUGGCCAGUUAAAAGAUAGUUCUUGGUCAGAAUGUGCCAAAGGUGGAUAUUCAGUGAAGCCAAGAAAAGGUGAUGCCCUUCUGUUCUUCAGUCUUCUGCCAAAUGGCACAGCUGAUGAUAACAGUCUGCAUGGAAGCUGCCCUGUUAUGGAGGGAGAAAAGUGGUCUGCCACAAAAUGGAUACAUGUAAGGGCCUAUGACUUCAUUAAAAUGGAUAACAAUUCUAAUGAAUGUAUUGAUGAAAAUGAUCUUUGUGGUAAGUGGGCUGCUGCUGGGGAAUGCAACAAGAACCCUAUCUAUAUGAUUGGUAGUUCAGAUUCCUCUGGAUGGUGUAGAAAAAGUUGUCAAGCAUGCUGAUUUGCUUUUCCCGGAAGGAAGAAUAUUACAAUUGUAAAUUACAGACAGAAUAAGUUGUUAAGUAGUUUUACUUCUUCCAUUA